AUGAAAUCAAGACGUCAUAUAUUUGUGGACCAGUACUCUAUGGAUAUGUUUGAAGAAAUUCAAAAGUAUACCAUUAGAUUUGAAACAUUCAAGAAUUUGAAAGUAGGGCUCAAAAAGGAAGGUUGCCAUAGAAUACACCCUGUUCUGGAUACUAAAUCUAAUAAAGGGGAUCUUGCAGGAUGCAUCUUUCAAUACAUACCAGAUUACAUGAAAGCAACUCCUCCACUGAUUGAAGAAUCUAAAGGCAAAAGCCAUGAAGUGUUGAGAUACUUUUCACUACUUAAUCCAACACAUAAAACAAAUCUCCCAGGGAAUAUCAUUGAAUCAAGAAUAUCAAUCUGGUCAAAUGCCAAAGUGUUUGCCAGAAAGGCUUUCUUUCAACCAGAUCUCAAAGACUUUGGAAAAUAUAUCAUUCUGAAAUCCAAAGUCAUCUCUGAAUCAAGGAAUAGUGAAAUAAUUAAUUUGAUUCAAAUGAUGGGGGAAAUUUCUGUCCAUACAAUCUAUAUCCCAUUCCUCAUGGAGAAUUUUUUUCCAGAUAUCAUGUUGAAAGGUGGAAUAUAUGACCGGACAAUUAAAUUGACACUGAGAUUGUUACAAAGCCCAAGUGUGGGUAUGAAAGAACACUUGUGGUUAUUAGGUUUAUUGAAGAUAUUGAAAGAGCAACUUCCAGCAGGGCAUUUAGCUCCACUGAGGGAAGACAUCAGAGAAGGACCCAUCUGCCAGGGAAUGUUAGAGUUUUUUUAUACUCAGAGACUUAAUUUGGUACACAUGGUUGAAAAGGUCUGGGAAGGUGGUAUAUCAGAGGCAACUGACAGGCACCAAGGUCCAAGAUGUCCUACAGCCUGUGCUACUAAGAGAAAAGGGGUUUCAAGAUCACUAUUUCAAACAAUCAUUCCAUAUUGA